AAAAAAUCCAAAGAUGAAAGACAGUCUAAUCUAGCUAGAGCUGAUCAAAUCAUUUUAAGGCGAAUGAUUGCACUAUGUUUGUACUAUGUAUUGGUAAACUGACUGAUCGAUCAGUGGUUGGCAUCCAAGGAAUCUAUAGUUGAUAAAAGGAUUGGUGUCGAGUUCACGUUGUUCAGGAAGACAACGACACGGCUCCCUGGUGCGUGAGCCGGCAUUCAUGCCAGGCAGUUUCAGUGACACGAUCUAGUUCUUUUGUGCGCGGAAUAUUACAUAUCACAGUUCUGUAAGCACGAGGUACUGUAGUCCACAUUAGUGCACAACUGACGGCUGCUCUUCGCCAACGUUAAUCCUACCCUGCAGAAUUAGAGAUUUAGGCGAGGGCUUCCAAGUAUUGCCGAGAGAUAUGGAAAGAAUUGGAGUUCUUUGGAUCAUUUUGGCUGUCAUUGUCAUCGCAUUGACCUCGCAAUCGGACGGAAGAGUAAUCAGGAAAGAUCAACUAGCUGGGAAAAACGCGCUUGGGAGAAAACUUCUUCAGGAAAAUGAUGAGUUCAUUUUGCAAGAUGAUGACAUCGAAAGUAGUGGAACUGAUGUAGAUUUAACAGAGACACUGUAUGGACCGACCACCUCCAGCGCAAAGAGCAAUGUAUCAAGAACACCACCACCAAGUUCUCCUGCACAAGAAACACAACCACAAAGUACUCCUGCACCAGAAACACGAGCACCAAGUACUGCUGCACCUGACACACAAGCACCAAGUACUGCUGCACCUGACACACAAGCACCAAGUACUGCUGCACCUGACACACAAGCACCAAGUACUGCUGCACCUGAAACACAACCACCAAGUACUGCUGCACCUGACACACAAGCACCAAGUACUGCUGCACCNCACCAAGUACUGCUGCACCUGACACACAAGCACCAA